UGUCAACUAUUUUUUUGAUUGGACCAAGUAUUCUGUUAAACAGAUAAACUAAUAACUAAAACAUAUAUAUACAUAAACACAGGGAUGAAUCAUGUUAUUUUCGUCGUGCAAAAUAAUUUUCCAAUAUACCCUCAAGGAAAUGUCAUCCCACGGCCGAGAAGUAGAGGUGACCAUCUCAUCGGCAAAGGAUAUCAAGAACGUGAACUGGCGCAACGGCCCAAACAAGCCAUACGCCGUUGUAUGGAUCGAUCCGAAGUUCAAAUCCUCCACAAGAGUUGACGAAGACGGCAACACUUGUACAACGUGGAACGAGACAUUUGUCAUCGCUUUACCUCCGGCCAACGACGAUGACGACAAGGUAUACAUCAACAUCGUACACGCAGGCCGUGAAGAGAACACAAAGCCCCUCAUCGGCUCCGCCCAUCUCAGCCUCCGUGAUGUCAUUGAUGACGUCGGCUUCGGCGUCCCCUUCAUGAAAACCCUCAAGCUCAAACGCCCCUCUGGCCGACCUCAGGGCAAACUCGACGUCACUGUCACCGUUCGAGAGACUCCAGGAUCAAAUUACGCGCUUCCUUAUGGCGAUCCAUACGCGCCGGAAAAGGGGAGCAAGUUCGGUGGGAUGGGGACUGGACUGGCGGUCGGGGCGGUGGCCGGAGUUUUGGGUGGGGUGGCAUUAGCGGAGGGACUGGAGGCUGUGGAAGGCGAUGAGGAUGAUGAUGAUGACGAUGAUGCUGCUGCUGCUGCUGCUGCUGAUGAUGAUGAUGAUGAUGAUGAUGAUGAUGAUGAUGAUGACGAGUGAGACUUUGAGUUUACAGCUAUAUCAUCUUUCAUUGGUGAAGUCCUGAAUUCUGUGUUGCAACAUAACAAGCCUAAUAACUUCGAUUGAAAAACAAGUAACUCACAUUAAUGUUCGGGUAAGACUUCACAGAAAAUAAUGCAAAGGAUUGAUAUAUUCAAAAUUUCGUGAGUCUCUCUUUUCUUUCAUAUGUUUUAUACUGUAUAUUCUGCUCCAUUUUCUCAAAACACAUUUUAAUUGAAUUAUUAUAAAACCACGUAAUCAUUUACAGUAAAACCUCUAUAAAUUAAUAAUGUCGGGACCGAAAAAAUUUAUUAAUUUAGAGAG